ACUGAAAGUGGCGGACGACGACUUCAUCGAAAUCAUCAGCACCAGCCACCAGCCAGCCUCUCACCUCACACACACCUCCACACAUUGGUUGACGCAUCGACAGUGGGAGAUGCGGGGGAUGGUGCAGGCUGGGUUUGGCGCGAUGCCGCUGGUGACACGGGUGGUUGUGGUGUUUCAGCUGCUCGGAUUCAUCAUCGGUGCGUCAUUUCCACAGGUCAUCCCAGCCCUGUGUCUCCAACCAGCAACGGCCAUCAUGUAUUUCCAACUCCAUCGGCUGUUCACAUAUGCUGUGAUCCACAGGAACUUGAUACACUUUGUGCUGAACAUGAUUGGGUUGCUGAUGGUGUCGUCACGGCUAGAGACAUCCAUGGGCAGCGUGCGGUAUGCACACAUGUUCCUGGCCAUGACAGCCGUCGUCGCCGUGACAUAUUGCAUGGGCGCAGCGCUGGCGUACCUGAUUGUGGGCAUCAACUUCUCCUUCUGGAACAUCUGCACCAUCGGGCUGACCAGCCCUCUGCUGACCAUGGCCGUCAUCUACGUCUAUUGCUUCUCCACCAGCUCCUCCGUGAUCAGCGUGUACGGCCUACAGAUGCCGCCCACAAUCUUGCCGCCGCUCAUGCUCAUCUGCACCCACUUCCUCCCGACCACCUCCUUCUGGUGCAACUUCACGGGCCUGGUUAUGGGGUACAUGUACGUGCAAGGCGUCGUGCAACAGCGCAUGCAGCUUUCUAGAAGCGCCGUGCUCACCCUGGAGUCUUCGACGCUUGGCCAGCGGCUCAGCACGUGGAAUACGUUCGUGCGCUGCCCCGACGCCGCCCUCCCGACAAGGGCGACCACGGCGGCGUCAGCAUCAUCGUCAUCAACAGGCACCACGACGCAUGCAGCCAUGGGGCGAGCGGCAGCAUCGGACAGCGCUGCCGGGAGAGGAGGAGGAGGAGGAUCGGGCUUCAGCGGCGACGCUGGUGGAUUUGGUCGUGGUGAACCAUCACGCGGCAUGCAGCUGACAUCGUCGUUGUCGUCGUCGUCGUUAUCGUCGACACCAGCGUCGUCGUACGCGCGACCGUAUGCGGCACGCGAGCCGGGUGCUGCUGUCACUGCGCCGCUCUCAACGAGCCGUGGUGCCGGCAGCGCUGCUGUGGGAGGGCACAGGGGGCAGCGGCAGGCUGCUGCGCACUCGCCCUACCAGCAUUCGCAGCAACGACAGCAACGACAGCAACGACAGCCACCACAGCAACAACGACAACAGCAGUCACAGCAACAAGAACAGCAGCAUGCAUACUUUCAACCGAUUGAGCGGUUCGAGGAAGAAGACUUUGACGACCUGGCCCAGCAUCAUGAAGAUGACAAUGAUGAUGAUGAUGACGAUGAUGAUGACGAUGAGCUUGAGUUUGUGGAUGCGCGCGAACAUUAGCAGUAGUGGCAGCACUUAUUGUUCAUCAUGGAAGUAUCCGCGUGUCGUUCACAGGCGCAUGAUGCACCAAGGCCACACUGCUAGCGUGUGCUGUUCUCGUUGUUGGUGUGCUUGGCUUGGAGUAACAGUUACACAGUUGCUGCGCAACACACACACACACACACACACCACAUGCACAUGCGCAUGGUUGCUGCUUUGCUGUUGGUUGCCAACAUUGGGGCGAGGGGGAAUCGGGCUUUAAGUGUACACACGAGAGCAAGGGAUAAACCAACAUUGAAUGACGUACAGGC